GUUCGACACUUAUAUUUCUACUAAACCUAUCAAAUAAACCUGAGUGGCGAAAGAUUACUUACUUGGCGGACGUCAACUAGACCAGUACCGUUUGAAUUCCUAUGUGCCCAAGUCUACAUCUCUUACUGGACUAAAUUUUAGUGGACGAAUCGAAUAAUAGAUUAUUACUAUAAUCAUCCGCUGAUCGCUUUUCCGUACUGCAUCGAUCAUGGACCGGUUGCCGAAAACGCACGGGUACAAUAUUGUAACAAAAUACCAAUAACGGUUUUAAACAUAAUUUCUGUUUUUUUUUAUUUAUUCCACUCCGACAGCGAUGACGGGCAACCGCCGUUCUGGAAACUGCGCAGAAACCGGAUCGCUUUUCUGAGUUUUCUGGGUUUUAUCAACGUUUAUAUGCUCCGGGUCAACCUGAGUGUAGGAAUCGUGGCGAUGACUGUGUCCACGGACACCCAAGUAAGUUUACGUUACACGUCCGCAGUUAAAGCCACGUAUGCAUAUUAUAUUUACUUAAAUACAUUUAAGAUUUUAAGAACUAUAUGCGCACAAAUAUUCACAAUAUUUGAAUAAAACCACAACAUUAAAAUAUUAUUUUAAAGAAUUCCAACAUUUCCGUAUGGCCCUCCUGCGAAUUCAUCUAAAAAUGUAUACCUAUUAUGCAAUAUGUUAUUUAGGCUAAAGGCUUCUUAUAAUUGGCUAAACCCAAAUAGUUGUGAUGAAAACGUAGGAGAAGAAGGGCUUCUUAUACCAUCAAUGGGUAUAUUGGCUAUAAGUUACGUAUCUGUCUAUCGAUAGUCAAAAAUCUAAAUUUUAGUUUCUAAGUGGAAUGAAGAAGCUUAAAGUUUUACAAAGAUGAUUUCAGAAGACUUGUUCGGACGUCUACGUGCAGCACUUUCACUGAAAGGAAAUCGGCUUGUGGAGGUAUCUAUGGGAUGUCAUUUUUCGAUUUUCUCAAGAUUUUUCUCAUCAAAUUUGAAAAACCGAAAAAAUAUAAGAAAUUGAGGUACAGUAAAACUUCCAUAUAACAGACACCGUAGGGACCGAAAAUAAUAACCGCUCUUUAUUUGUGAUCGUUAGCGGAAGUUUUACUGUGUUAGUUAAAAUAUAUUAUUAAAUAUAUUUCUUUUUUUCUGUGCACAAUUUUUCUACCAGCUAUUCCUUUUUAACUUUUAAUGAUAGCAAUGUUUCUAAAAUGAAAUUUUACUAGCGUGGUACUUUAGAAAGUUCAUUAUUCGAUUUUCUCAGGAGUUUCCUCAUCAAAUUUGAAAAAUCGGGAUAAAACAUGGGAAAACCUUAGAAAACGUAAGAAAACUGGUACAACAUUAAACAUAUAUUAUUAACGAAAAUAUAUAAAGCUUAUUUAAUUAUUUUAUUGUAAAAUGACAUACAUAUUGUUGACAAAGCAUCACUAUCAACUGAACUCCGCUCAGAAUAGUUUUUUCGUAAGCAAUAGUUUAUUGUUGCUUACAGGUAUACAUUAAAUUAUCUAUAACAGUGGCUGCACCCGUCCUCAUUAUCCUAAGACGUCUUUUUAACACUGUUUGAGUGCAAAGAAACUAUCAGAGCAGCAACAAUAAGUAUAUGUGAAGUACCUACUUAAAAAAAUUGAAAAGUAUUUUAAAGCGAUCAAAUCAAUAUCGGUGUUUCAGUGUUUGUUUAAUGUAAAAUAUAAAAUAUAAAUUUGUAUCACUGUAAACAGGCUUCAAAAUAUUAUAUUAUUAUAUAUAAUAAUAAUAAUAAUAAUUAACUUAUUACGAUUUGUACGACAGACGAGCGAAUUCCAAUGGAGCUCAAAACUUCGAGGCACCGUACUGAGUUCGUUUUUUUACGGCUACAUAAUUACACAAUUACUCGGAGGUGUACUUGGAUGUAAAUUUGGAGGUGUAAAGUUAAUCGGUUACGGCGUCUUGAGCACGGCGAUCUUUACCACCCUGACUCCCGUCGCAGCCAGAUAUUCGGUUUAUUUAGUCAUCGCACUUAGAAUUUUCGAAGGAGUUUUCGAGGUUCGCAAUACUUUAUAAUAUACCUAUAUCUAAACCAUGUUGUUUUAUUGAUAUCUUUAAAAAUGCAUUUCCCAAAUUUCUACAUAAUAUUUAUGAAAUAUUCUGCAGGGUGUCGUUAUCCCGGCUAUGUAUGUCGUAUGGUCAAAAUGGGCUCCACCUAACGAGUCCACGCGGUUGGCAUCAUUUACUAUAUCUGGCAAUUUUGUAGGCAUGGUAAUCGGCUACCCGAUGUGCGGUUGGUUAGCGGAACAUUACGGCUGGCCUUUUACGUUUUACGUACCGGGUACCGUCCAACAUACAAAAAAUGUACUCUUUAUUAUUAAUUUUUGAUAUUUGUUUUUUUUUUCUUUUUUUUAUUUCUAUACAGGUGUUUUAGCUAUAAUAUGGUGUUCCAUUUGGUUAACGACCGUUGCUGAAACUCCUGGUGACGACAAAUCAAUUACAAAAGAAGAACUCAAGUACAUUGUUGAUUCCAUAGGAUCGACUGACAACAAAAAAAGUAAACGCAUACAACUAUCAUAAAUCUUGCUCUGAUGUAUCAAGUGUAACAUUUUUUCUGAAAGUAAUUUCAUCUAGUUUGUACUAUAGAGGAAACACUUUUUGAUUUUUCAAGCGAUUUUCAUGAUUACAGUAUAAAAGAAACUUCGCUCCAAAUCGUUUUUCGUUAUCAAUGGUUUAUCGUUGAUAUAUAUCUAUAUAUAUGUGGGGAUUUAUAUUUUACCUUCCUAACUUCCCACUUAUAAAAGUAACCCACACGUCAUGCAAAGUAUGUCCGUCUUUUUCGUAUUCAUUUUUAAAGAUUUUAAUAGCAAAAAUCGAAUUUCGACAUCUGUAGUUUUUACUUACCGGGACGGUCAAACAGGAGUGGGGGAAUGAAAAGAGACGUAUCUCCUUCAUUAUCUAAUUUUCCUUAAAUAUUUAUAAUAAAAUACAGGGUGAUUUUUUUUAAUCACGCUCACUGUUCACCCCAUUUUAAUGAUUAAAUUAUGCACAAAUUCAAAUUCUGAUAUUUAAAAUUUCAAGUAUAGUGAAAGACGAUAAUUUUGAAUACUAAGUCGCUUCACGGCACUUAAAGAAUAUUCUGUGAAAAUAAAUUUAAAAUAAUAAUUUACUCUGUUUACACCUUUAAUUUAGGCAGUGUAAUGAGCUAUCCCUGGAAAAAUAUUUUCACUUCGAUGCCGGUUUGGGCGAUAUCGUGCGCGCUGUUCUGCGAGAAUUGGGGAUUCUAUACGUUACUGACGCAGUUACCAACGUUCAUGCACGGUGAUUAUAAAAAUGCCAUCUAAUUUCCACUCAUGACAAUAGAUAAUUAAUUUCAAAUGUCGUUGUUACACAGACGUAUUGAAAUUCGAUAUCGGAAAAGGAAGUUUACUGUCAGCACUUCCGUACGCGAUCAUGGCCGUUGGUCUCCAAUUUACCGGAUUCUUUGUAGACUGGCUUCGUAAAACAAACAUAUUUACGACCACUCAAGUUUGUAUUCAUUUUAAACGUUUUUAUACAUUUAAAGCAACUAUUUUUACGUUCGUAUAUUAUAUAAUAUGCCUUUAUUAUUUACAGGUUAGAAAGAUCUGUACUUGUGGUGCUUUCCUAACACAAUCCAUCUGCAUGUUUUCCGCGGGAAAUUGCGAAACCGGAUUCGGAUCUGUAAUUUGUUUAACACUCAUGGCGGGCCUCGGCUCUUUUUCUAUGGCCGGAUUCUUGUGGGUUAUAAUAUUGUUAAAGCUCGACACAUGUCUUUAUUGUUGUUAUUAUUAUUAUUAUUUUUAUUUUUUUUACAGUGUCAAUCCUUUGGAUAUCGCACCCCAAUACGCCAGCAUUAUAUUGGGGAUCGCUAACACGGUCGGAACCAUACCCGGUAUCGUUAGCCCUCUGUUGACCGGAAUUAUCGUACAACAUCAAGUUAGUAUAUAAUAAUACAUUCGAUACUUUGCGUAUACUUUUGUUCGAUUUAUAUAACUAUAGGUUAUAGUUAGGUUAUAGCAUGUUUAUUAAUUCCGGUCAUCAUUCGCGUUAUAGAGCGCGGAAGAAUGGCGAUGGGUGUUUAUAAUUGCCAGUGGUUUAUACGUGUUCGGAGGGUUAUUCUACGGGAUAUUCGGUUCGGGGAAACUACAACACUGGGCCGAAACCAAAACGGAAAAGAAAAACCAUCAUGACGACAAACCCUUGAUAUGAAUCGAAAAAACGAUACCUGUUUUGUACAAAUUAAUAUUGGUAACAAAUAAAAUCUAUUAAUAAUCGUCGG